GUCCUCUAAUGGGUUUCAAGGUUCUUGAAUUUGUGUUAUGGGUUUUAAUUAUAAGUUCAACCUUCACUAAUAAUUUGGUAAUGAGCUCGAAUCAAGUCGGAAUUCAAGAGAUUAUUACUAAAGGCAAUAUUCUUGUAGAUGGUAACAAGGUGAUUGGAAAAACAGACACUAAUUUCGUCUGCGCCACCUUGGAUUGGUGGCCUCAUGACAAAUGUGAUUAUGGUUCUUGUAGCUGGAAUCAAUCAUCUCUUCUAAAUCUGGAUCUCAACAACAAGAUACUAAUGAAUGCUGUAAAAGCAUUUUCACCCCUGAAGUUGAGGUUAGGAGGAACAUUACAAGACAGGAUCAUAUAUGAAACAGAGGAUUCAGCAUCACAGCCGCCACCCUGCAUUCCCUUCUCCAAGAACAGCUCCAGCUUGUUUGGUUUCAAUAAGGGUUGUCUCCCCUUGCGUAGAUGGGAUCAACUCAAUACCUUUUUUAACAAAUCCGGGGCGAUGGUUGUGUUUGGAUUAAAUGUUUUGAAUGGAAGAUCUAUAAAGAAUGGAUCUGUUGUAGGAUCAUGGGAUCCUACAAAUGCGAAAUCUUUGAUUGAAUAUUCUCUUAGAAAAGGUUACAACAUCCUUGGUUGGGAGCUUGGAAACGAGUUAACUGGAACUGGAAGUGCGAUUAGAAUUGAACCAGAUCAAUAUGCAUCGGACAUAAUCUCUUUCAAUAAUGUAAUUUGGGAAGCUUAUAAGAAUGAGAAAGUAAAACCAUUGAUUUUAGCUCCUGGAGGAUUCUUUAAUCCAGUUUGGUUCAAAGAAUUCCUUCAUAAAACAACUUCAACUCAUCUUGAUGUUGUCACUCACCAUAUAUACAAUCUUGGACCAGGAUCCGACAAGAACCUGGUUGAUAAGAUUCUAAACCCGUCUGUGUUUGAACAUGGGGUGGUGGAUACGUUUAAAGGGUUGAGAAAAGUUAUCAACAAUUCUGAUCAUCAUAAUUCGGUUCAAGCUUGGGUGGGAGAAGCUGGAGGUGUUUACAAUAGUGGUAGAAAUCAAGUUACCAAUACCUUUCUUGAUAGUUUCUGGUACUUGGAUCAGCUUGGAUUAGCAUCCACUUAUGAUACAAAAACAUACUGUCGACAGUCAUUAGUUGGUGGAAACUAUGGCAUGCUAAAUACAACCACUUUUAAGCCCAAUCCAGAUUACUACAGUGCUCUUCUAUGGCACCGGUUGAUGGGAAAGAAGGUCUUAUGGACUAACUUUUCUGGGUCGAAAAAGAUUCGGGCUUAUGCUCACUGCUCAAAGCAAUCACGAGGAAUCACUUUGUUGUUGAUCAAUUUGGAUAAGAGGAGUAAGGUUGAGGCGAAAUUGAAGGCUGUUGUUAAUGGGACUAGUAGUUGCAGGCGCAAACACAGAUCGGGCGGCCAUCAUCAUCAUCAUCAUGGUGAUCAUAUUCACCGGAAAAGGAUUAGAGUAAGGGAGGAGUAUGGUUUAACGGGUAAGGAUGGGAAUUUGCAGAAUCAGAGUGUGUUGCUUAAUGGUAAGGAGUUGAAUGUUGAUGAUGAAGAUAAUAUACCUCCAAUGGAACCUGUCAUUGUAAAUGCAAAAGAACCCAUAACCAUUGCUCCUCUUUCCAUUUUGUUUGUUCAUAUCCCAUAUCUUUGCCUUCCUGCUUGUUCCUAAAUUCUGAAUUCUCUUUUGAUUCAAUUUUAUAUUGUAAUGUUU